AAUAGGGUUUUCACAAAUAUUUUCAUAAAGGUGAUUAUAGCAAAUACUGCGAGUGAUGAGUUUUUUGACAGAUUAGAAUGGCUGGCAGACUUUGAGUGCGCGGGCGACGAGGUGCUGGUGGAGUCGUCUCCGCCCGCCUCGCCCGACAUGGCGGCGAGACUAGCGGCACCCUCACAGGGUGCCGGUGCGGGCGGUACUUCUCCCAGCGACGUGCGUGAGCUAAUCGUCAUACCGGAACUGCCCAACGCCAUACACUUACAGCAUGCUAUUCAACAAGUAUCGAGCACUGUGGUGGAUGUGAACGGCGACAGUUCCGGCCACUCUAGUCCCACCACAGAGGCUCAGCACACCUACAUCGUCACUAUCGAGAACGCAUGGGACCAAGACUCGCUGCACAUCAAGUCUGAGACGCAGAGUGAUGAGGAAGUGAUGAGCAAUAACGGAGUCAACUAUCAUGUGCAAUAUGUGGAGCCGCAAGAAAUAUACACCCAGACGGGCCAUCAGACACAUAUGGAAACCCUCCGCACGUACCCGGUGUACAACGUGACCAGCGUGGGAGGCGUGGGCGGCGUGGGCGGCGUGGGCGGCGUGGGCGGCGUGGGCGGCGUGGGCGGCGUGGGCGAGGCGGGCGCCGUGACCGCCGUGACGGCCGUGACGGCGCCGCCCGACGACUGGAGCGCGGAGUUCACGUUCGCGGCCGAGCAGCCCGCGUCCCCCGCGCCGCCCGCGCGCAUGCCGCCCGCCACGGUGCAGUGGCUGCUGGAGCACUACGAGACGGCCGAGGGCGUGUCGCUGCCGCGCUCCACGCUGUACGCGCACUACCUGCGCCACUGCUCCGCGCACCGCCUGGAGCCCGUCAACGCCGCCUCCUUCGGCAAGCUCAUCCGCUCCGUGUUCGUGGGCCUGCGCACGCGCCGCCUGGGCACGCGCGGGAACUCCAAGUACCACUACUACGGCAUCCGCGCCAAGCCGUCCGCGCAGCGGGACCUGCCCGCCGCGCUGCCCAAGCCCGACCUGGAGGAGGACCAGCCCGAGCCGAGGGAACGCGAUAUCGAUCAAAACCCAGUAGGCCUGGGUGGGAUAGCUCAUCGUCAGUACCUGGGAUCUGUCAGCGCUCCCGAGCCUCCGGAGCUCACUAUUGAGGAUUUGCCGGAAGAUAUAACACAGGAGGCGUUGCAGCAGCUGAGGGAACAACAUAGACAGCACGGCGUCGAGUUCCUGGAGGCGGUGGCGGCGCUGGACACGGGCGCCGUGGAGCGCUGCCGGCGCGCCUUCUGGCGGCGGGCCGGGCGCGCGGGGCUGCGGCUCACGGCGCGCCGCGACGUGUGCGGCUGGCUGCGGCGGGCCGAGCUGCGCCUGCACCAGCGCGCCGUCGAUCUGCUGCUGCCCGACGUGCUACGGCCCAUCCCCUCGCAGCUCACGCAGGCUAUCCGCAACUUCGCCAAGAGCCUGGAGAGCGCGCUGGCGGCGGGCUCGAGCGGCGCCCCCGCGCUGGCCGCGCGCGCACAGAGCUCGGCCGCGGCGGCGCUGGCGGCCGCCCUGCGUCGGUACACGUCGCUCAACCAUUUGGCGCAGGCCGCACGCGCCGUGCUCAACAACCAGCAUCAGAUACAGCAGAUGCUGUCGGAUUUGAACCGUGUAGACUUCCGUGUGGUCCGCGAGCAAGCCGCCUGGGCCUGCGCCUGCGGCAGCGCGUCCACCGCGCACCGCCUCGAGGCCGACUUCAAGGCGCGGCUGGGCCGGGGCGCGCCGCUGGAGGCGUGGGCGUCGUGGCUGGACGGCUGCGUGCGCGCCGCGCUGGCGCCGCACGAGCGCCGCGCCGACUACACGCCGCGCGCGCGCCGCCUGCUGCUCGACUGGUCCUUCUACUCCUCGCUCGUGAUACGCGAGCUCACGCUCCGGUCGGCUGCGUCGUUCGGCUCGUUCCACCUGAUCCGACUGCUGUACGACGAGUAUGUGAGCUUCCUCAUCGAGCGGCGCGUGGCCGAGCACCGCCGCGAGCCGCCCAUCGCCGUCAUGCAGCGCGCCAUGGAUGAUGACGAGGAACUUCCCGAGGAACCGGAGCGCCCUGCGGAGGAGGAGGACGGAGAGCCAGAGUGGGAGUGGGAGGACGAGGAUGAUGAGCCGCCUGACGCCAAACGACCGAAGAUUGACGAGUAGCGUUGGUUGUCUGAGUGUAAUUUGCUCAUUCAGGAAUUGGAACUUAAGUGAAGUGAUUUACUCGUGGAAUGUAUAUGCUAACAAUUUAUUCAGAAGUAAUCAACUAAACAGACGAGAACUCAGUUAUAUCUGAUUUUGUGUGAUUGAAAUUGUUUUACAAUACAAUUAUCAGAUAUAAUAUAAUUAACCAUAAUUGUUAUAAAGAACUGAAAGUAUUUUUGCAUUUAAAACAACAAAGAAUACCCUAACGUCUAGUCAUAUUUUCGUUAUAUGUACAUGUACAUUAAAAAGCUCAAUUCACUUGUAAAUAUGAUGUAUUUAGAUCACUAUACAUGCAUGCUUGUUUAGAAGUCUUGUAACUUCAUUAUAAGUGAUUCAACUUGGCUCGAUGGUCCUGUAGCCAACUUAGAACGCUGCAUAUCCAGGUCUCACGGCUUGAUCCUUGGGUCAGUAAGAGAUAUCGGGUUUUUCUGUCAAUAAAGUUGGUUGUGAUACAUAUACGUGUCCCGGAAAACUUGUAAAGUCGUUGGUGAUACGCCUGAUCUCUUGACAUACUGUCGUUCCAUUGGACUUAGGCAGGGAGACAGAGAGUACUUGUGUUUGUGGCACUUGUGUUAUUAUUAUAAUAUCUCUCGCUCAAAUGGCACAGUCUCUGAGUCUUUCUCUGUGUCUCUUUUUAUCUGCCAUAAUUCGGUCAUCGC